CAACCAUUGAGUUUUGUCUUCAUUGUGCUUUGAUUGUUUCUUCUCUUUCGAUUCUUUAUCUUUAGCCCCGGUCAGAUUCUGUUUUCCGUUUCUGCUCUUUGAAAUAUGCUGGCUGGCGGUUUCUUAGUCGACAAAUAAAGAUGCAUCGCGUGAGAGCAUGGGCACAUUCAUCUGCCCACAGGCACAACUUCAACCCCUGGUCGGCCAUCCAUGACAGUCAAGACUCUUCGGCGAGUAAGAGUCCACCGCAGAGUGAAGAUGCGCCGGAACAGAAACAGCCCAAGGGCUCCGUGUUCAGUCGCGUCAUAGCCAAUAUCAAAGUCGCACUGUUCCACAGUUGGGUGAAUGUUCUCCUCGUCUUUGUGCCUGUGGGCAUCGCCAUCCACUUUGCCGGAAUCAACCAGAAUGUGGUCUUUGCUGUCAACGCGGUUGCCAUUAUCCCCUUGGCUGGCCUUUUGACAUUCGCUACCGAAAGCGUGGCGCAUCGACUUGGGCCUACUUUAGGAGCUCUCCUGAAUGUGAGUUUUGGAAAUGCUGUGGAGUUGAUCAUAUUUAUUAUCGCCCUAGUCAAGGAUGAGAUUCGUAUUGUGCAAGCUUCCCUCAUCGGCUCACUUCUCGCCAACCUCCUCCUCAUAUUGGGUAUGGCCUUUUUGAUUGGAGGGCUAGAAUUCCAGGAGCAGAUUUAUGACAGCACUGUUACUCAGAUGUCGGCUUGCUUGCUGGCACUGGCAGUUCUUAGCCUGCUGAUCCCGACCGCCUUCCACGCGUCUUUCAGUGACCUUCAAAAAGCUGACCGUGCAGUCAUCAAACUCAGCCGAGGGACUUCUGUGAUACUACUCAUCAUCUACGUGCUGUAUCUGCUCUUCCAACUAAAGUCUCAUGCAUAUCUUUACCAAGGAACACCACAACACAUCAUCGAUGAAGAAGCCACCCCGGGCAUCCUUCAACGUUUCGACUCUACCAGCUCUUCGUCCGCCAGCUCUUCAAGGUCAUCUCUUACGAGUGGAGGCUCACAUAGGCGUGUGAGCAAGAGGCUCAGGGCCAAGCUGGGCAGGAGACGGGAGGUGAAGACCGUGAUCGAAUCUGAAGCGGACAAUGGAGAACCCGCAGUACAGUUUGGUCAGAAUGUGAUUGAUGUCCACGCAGAAAAGACUGCCGAACCACAGGAGAUCAAGUCGGGAGAUGCAUCAAUGGAAGGUAUGCCAACCAAUCCUGCUGCAGCUUCAGCCAAAGACAAGAAACCCAACAUCGGGCCUCGCGGACUCUCUUUCCGGGCUCCACCAGUUUUCCGAUCAUCAACACACCCUGCUCCAAAAGGCAGAGAACCAAAUUAUCCUUCACAUCCCCUUCGGCACUAUCAGUCAGCACCUAAUGACCAGCAGAGCCAAAGUCCGGGGGCUGCACGAAUUGCACGCCGCUCUACACCGAAAAGUAACCCCGCGGAGGAAGACGCCCCUCCUAUGAGUCAAACCGCAUCACUCAUCCUCCUGCUUGUCUCCACCGGCCUUGUUGCACUAUGUGCCGAGUUUCUUGUUGGAAGCAUUGAGCAUUUGGUGGAGGACUCUCCCUUGUCGGAGGCGUUUAUUGGGCUAAUCAUCCUACCCAUCGUUGGCAAUGCCGCCGAGCAUGUCACGGCGGUCACGGUCGCCGCCAAGAACAAGCUCGACCUUGCCCUGGGGGUAUCUCUCGGGUCGUCUAUUCAAAUCGCGCUCUUUGUCACUCCAUUCGUCGUGAUCCUAGGAUGGAUCAUGGACAAGGACAUGUCUCUAUACUUCAGCUUGUUCGAGACCGGGUCGUUGUUUGUUUCCACUUUCAUCGUCAACUUCCUGGUCCUAGAUGGACGCAGCAACUAUUUGGAGGGUGCGCUAUUGUGCGCGUGUUACGUGAUUGUUGCUGUUGGGGCAUACUUCUUUCCAGACGGACAGGACCAAAGUUCACUGACAAGUGGGCCCUCGAAUUGAUUUGUGUUCACCCGCCGAAAGUCGUCUUUGCCAAUUUGUGUAUUCGACAGAAUUGAAGUAGUCGACCUCAAUCACGAAUCGGCUUUGCAACACGGCUUAUAACCCAGAAUGGGUUUCUAUACUACAUGCUCUGGUCUGCACUGGGUGGCAGUUGGGUUCUCAGGCGGUGACGCAAUCGACGACAGUUCCCUUCGCCAUGGGAAAGCCCCAAUCGAUGUCUUGCCGGCUGGAACCAGACAAAUUCCGAUGACCUGUAUGCAGGACGGCCAAGUUGCUGACUGUCUUGUUGUUAACGUCUGCUGCCUUUUUAUCCGGGCGCAUAUUCCCAUACGAGUCAAUCCGCCUUAUAAUCAAGAGCAACCGAUUGGCAAUGCGGUCUUUUUCUUGUGGCUCAUGGGAGAGGCCUCUUUACAAAACAGAGGAAAGCAUAAAGCCCCCGGGUCCUGAGACGGCGGGUAUGCUCUCAUCCUCGGGGUUUCAUGUGCAUUCGCUCGAUCGCCGCCUUCAAGCAUGUUGACCAGGUGGUCCAGGUGGUCCAGGUAGUAGAAAGCAGGAUGAGGUCUGAUCAUACCAGAGGGUGUUCUGAGGAGCUUGUUACGGCUAAACAACCUGUGUCGGACAGCCAUGGUCACAAGCGGCUCAGCCUGUUGCAUUUGUGGACACAUACUUGGUUCGAGCUGCGGCCUUCACAACUCAUCUACCAGGAUGACUUGGCCAUAGCAUGAAAUAGAAGUUGCGAUUGGGACUGUGAAUGGGAGAGUCGAGACGCACAACAUAUUAGAUACUCGAGAGAGCUGGUUGUGCGAGUUCGUAAAAAAAAAGAUAUCUGUAUAUUCCUGAACGGGCAAGGCUGUGCUUGCUCCACGUGUCCAGCAACGGAGCACGGACACGGACACGGAG